CCCGGUCCCUAUCGCGAUCUCGUUUCAAGUGAUGAUAAAAAAAGUAAAGAGCAGUGACGGAGGAGUAGUCGUCAGCUUCCCAAGGGAAUGUCACGAAAGGAAGGGUGUAGUCGGAUGACCCGAGACCCGAUUGAUGUUCGUCUGGCGCUUAAGAGAUAUCGAGGAAUGCAACUCUCACUGGUCGAAUGCCUGACUAGGCGCUUGUGCCAAACCACCAAAGGCGCUGCUGAAGGGCAUGCAACAUCCCGUGGGCGGCGGGCGGGCGGGGGGAACGACGAAAAGAGGAAAGUGAAGAAGAUCACGACGAUUAGCUAAGGUGACAAAAGCGAAGAAGGAGGGGGGAAAGGGAAUAAAACAAUCAAAUAGCGAGUAGUUCAGGGACGAUGCAUAAGGGAGAGAUGGCGAGCCAAAUGGAUGGAUGGGGGAUUUUGCGGUGAGAGACGGGCUGGCGGAGAGGAUGGAUCCCCGCAGCGAUUCGGCGGUGGUGGGAUUUUCCCAAUUUUAGUAUAGCAGCAACUAGAAGCUCGGAGACCACCAGUAGUGACGUGGUGCUGCAUAGAAACCCAAAUGGGGAGCACAGAAAGGCAGUCAGUACAAAUAAAUAGCAGCAAGGACCACGCCACUGCGAUGGGCUGGUCUGGAUGCUGCUGUCUUGGAAGGAUAAUGCUGGGAGUGGUUCACUUUCC